AUGAAGCAUAUUGUUGUCUGCCCAGUUCAUCUCUAUGGACAUGCACGUCCACUCGCCAUUCUUGCUGCCCGCAUCGUCAAGCUGCGGCGCAUGACCGUCACCUUCAUCGUCGCCACUAAGCUACUCGACGGCAUCAAGGCAGAGGCCGCGCGCGACUUCGCCGCAGACGAGGCAGAUGCCGCUGCUCGACUCAGAUUUCUGCCCAUCGAACAAGGCGUCGAUCCGAUGAACACAGCAGAGUACCUACAAAACUUCCUCGCGACCUGGAACAGUCUUCUAGAAGGCGUCUCUGCGACCACGCAGUCGCUGGACGGCACGUUACACUGCCUGGACUUUCGAAGUACGCCGCCCACAGCCCUCAUCCUAGAUCUGUUCGCAGUCGAGCCCUUCAACGCAUUGCGCAAGUCCAAGGACGCAGCCUACAAGAUAUACACCUGGGUCCCGAUCUCCACCGACAGCCUCCUCACGCUCUUCCGCAAAGACCUCGUUCCCGAGGCAGAAGCUGCCGCCGCGCUGCACGGGACCUCGUUCGACGACGAGGCGCACAAGCUGAUGUGGGCGCCCACGGGCAGGCUGCUGGAGAGUCCUUGUAUGCCGGAUAUGUACGACCAUGAGAUUGGUCCGCAGGGGCUCGACGUUCCGCCAUGGGGGCUGCAAGAAACGGACGGUGUCAUCACGUUUGACGCGGCAGGGUACCACCCAGAGGCCACGGCCGCCGUCCGGGACUGGUUUUCCGAGACCUCGAGGCGGGUGUACUUCGCCGGACCCUUAGUCGCGAUGCGACGCGCAGAAGAACAGGAUCGCGACGGCGUCCUGGCGUUCUUGGAUACCCAGCUCGAAUCUCGCGGGGAGCGAUGCGUCGUCUAUAUCUCCUUCGGAUCGCUUUUCUGGCCGUCGGAUCCAGCCAAGUUCCACGCUGUCCUGAGCGUCCUCAUCGAGCGGAACAUCCCAUUCGUCCUCGCUCGCCCCAGUCCCUUCGCCGCGAUGCUCGACGACACGAAGGCGACGCUUGCGGCAUACGACAAGGCGUUUGUCGCGGACUGGGUCCCGCAGCAAGCGGUCCUCAACCAUGAAGCGACGGGCUGGUGCCUCACUCACGGCGGACACAACUCCGUGCUCGAGUGUAUCCUCGCCGGCGUACCCAUGAUCCUCUGGCCGAUCGUCGUCGACCAGCCCGUCAACGCCCUCUACCUAACCACAAUCCUAAACACCGCAUACGAGCUGCUCGAAGUUCGCCACGGCAGCGGGCUCGCACCCAUCCCCCGCUCCGGACAGACCCCGCUCGGGACGAUCGACGCGGUGCAGGCAGAGGCGCGCGCCGUCCUCGCGCGCGCGUAUGGCGCUGACGGCGCGCAGAAGCGCGCCCGGCUGGGGGCGCUGAGGCAGGCGAUCCGGGGGUCUUGGGAGGAGGGCGGGUCGGCCGUUGGCGAUGUGGAGGAGUUUUUGGAUGGUCUUGUGUGA